AGAGAGCGAGAAGAAGAAGAAAAACAGAAAAACAGAUUGGUUUGGUGUGUCAAAAGGCCGAUGGCUACACACCUUGUUGUUCGAAAAUCGUUUUUGUUCCAUCCCCGUAGAAAGCUUUCCCACCUCAUCGGUUUUCGCAUACCACCUUCGUCGAGUCCACUGCCGAGCGUUUCUUUGGGUCGCAGAACUUCUUUGUUUUGCAACAGUCCGAGCAUUUUUUGCAUCACUGCCGACAGCAUCGGCACGAAAUCUUGGAACGACUCGUUCUAUUCCACCACUACAAUGAGAAACAACAGCGGCAACAACAUCCGUGUGGGCACAGCGGAGAAGGGACGCACACCGAGGAUACAUACCAACCUGAAACGAUUCUUGGUCGCUUCCGUUCCGUAUUACUGUUGUGCCACUACGACGCGCGGGGUCGAGGGAUUCGUUCCGUGGAUCAACACCAACACCAACAGCAACAACAUCCAUGUCACUCGACAUGUUCGGCGGCGCCUCCCAUCGGGACACGCCAACGGGGCCUGGAUCGCUGGGACACCCCGCGCGGCGCAGAUGCGGCUGUUUUCUACCGGCGUCGAGGAAACUGGUGCCGGUUCUUCCGACACGGCCGGUGGCGACGACUUUGCCACCACCUAUCACGCACCGGUAAUGGUCAACGAGUGCCUCGACGCCCUCCUGGAUUGCGAGCGGGGCAGGAUACGGAAUCCGGCCCCGAAAUCUUACAAGAAAAAGAAUCGCAAGCGAAAGAGCCGCAAGCACCCGCGGCGCGAUCCCCGAGGAGACGAACCCGGCGAGCCGGAUGGUCCCGUCCAGGUCGACGACGGUGCCACCACCGAUGCGGCGGCCCCCGACGCCCCUCCCCUGGUCUUUGUCGACGGAACCCUCGGCGGCGGGGGGCACUCCAACGCGCUGCUGCAGCGGCUGCGGCCGGGAGACGUGCUGCUCGGCUGCGACGUCGAUCCCAACGCCCUGGAGACGGCGUCGGAACGGCUGUCGGAAUACACCAACCACCCCGGCACCGACCGGCCGCUCUUUGUCCCGGUGUCCACCAACUUUGGGGACCUCGCCGAGACCCUUCCCACCGUGCUGCACCCGGUCACCAGCGAGCCGAUCCUGCAGCCCGACGGGAGGGGCGGGGCCGUCGACGGCAUCCUCCUCGACCUCGGCGUCUCGUCGCACCAGAUCGACGAGGCCGACCGGGGCUUUUCCUUCAUGCGGGACGGCCCCCUGGACAUGCGCAUGGGCCGGGGCAGCGGAAGCACCGAGGGCCCGGCGGCUUCCGGAGGCCUCACCGCCGCGGACGUUUGCAACGAGUUCGACGAAGGGGAGCUCCAGAGGAUCUUUAGCGUCUACGGGGACGAGCCCCGGGCCAAGACCGUGGCGGGGGCCAUCGUCCGGCACCGGCCGCUCUCGACCACGGGGGAGCUCGCGGAGGCCAUCGCCUCGGUCACGCCUGCCUUUGCCCGGAACAAGCGGCACGGGAAAACCGCGACCUGCGCCCGGGUCUUCCAGAGCCUAAGGAUCGUCGUGAACAACGAGGACGGUGUCCUGGGCAGGGUCCUCUCGGAGGCCUGCCCGGCCCUGCUGCGGCCGGGUGGCCGGCUCGUGGUCAUGAGCUACCACAGCAUGGAGGACCGGGCGACGAAGCGGAUCAUGCGCGACGGGACGCUCGAUCCGGGCCGGCGGCGGGCGACCGACGAAAAGGACCUGUACGGGAACUACGUCGGUCCGCCCAAGCCCUUUGCGCCGGUGCAGAAGCAGCGCAGGGCGACGGAAGAGGAAACGGCGCGGAACCCCAGGGCCAGGAGCGCCGUCCUGCGGGUGGCGGAGCGGCAGGACAACUAGCAGCGAAUAACAACCGGUUGCGAACCCCUUUUGCUCUGCAACGCGAUUCCAACACUCUAGCAGCAGCGUUUUCGCUUUUCUAUCCACUGGGCCCCUGCCUAUUAUUUUGU